AAAAUUAUGACGUCAUGACGCCAAGGACGCUGGCGCGUUGCAUUGUGGUCGCCGGUGCUUGGCUAGAAACAGAAACCGCACAGCCCUGCUGCAAGCUGGUGCACCAUUCAGCCCGAACGGGACGUUAUAAGCUCAGCACUUGGUGUUCUGUGACAGUCUACAGUGACCAUGUCGUCAACAUCGCAGAAACAUAGAGACUUUGUGGCCGAGCCCAUGGGUGAGAAGCCUGUGAUGGCUCUUGCAGGCAUUGGAGACGUCCUUGGCAAGAGACUGGCAGACAAGGGUUUUGACAAGGCAUAUGUUGUCCUUGGACAGUUUCUAGUCCUAAAAAAAGAUGAGGAGCUUUUCCGAGACUGGCUGAAGGAGAUUUCUGGGGCAAAUGCCAAACAACAAGGUGACUGCUAUGGCUGUCUUAAGGAAUGGUGUGACGCCUUCCUAUAAACAUUUGGUGGUUGUUUUCUACUUCUGAAGUCCAAACUGUACAUAACCUCUUCAGUGGUCGUGAUUCAAUUCAGCUACAACACACGUAUGAACUGACACUGUACACGCUAGUGAGGUUUAUCGACACAUGCUGUUUUCAUGAUGUUCAACAAAUAAGUUUGGACUACAUUAAUAGUCACCAAUUCUCUCUUUCAUUAAUUAGACCUUAAAUUAGUAAAUUAUAUAGUAGAUAAUGGCAGGAUGUGAUAAUUCUAUUAGUCUGCAAUCUCUACUCACUGUCAAUAGCCAUUUUUCCAAACAUUUUGACUUAUCAUAGUAGUAAAAGCACAGGUUGGACAAAUAACAUUAAUGUUGCCACUUUGCCAGUACCUAAAUGUAACACAGCCUUAUUAAUGGUAUUACGCCUGUGUUUGAUAAGUCCAAAUGUCUGUAAGAAGUCUAUAAAGGAACUUUAAAUUGCUAUAGUCUUGUGUUGAGGAGAGGCUGCUCGUAUUCAUAAUCCUCACAUUGCCCAAAGUUGUUUGAAUAUUAAGGUUGAAUUUUAAAUAUCUGGUUCAUGCAUUGUUGGUAAUGUACUGAAACUUGUAUUUUAAGCUCAAUAAUGCUGUUUUUUUGGUGUGUGUAUAACCAUUAAUCUUCAGAAAAUGUUCAGCUUUAUUUAGUUCAGCACACUUUUCUGUCUGUAUAAUGUGACAAUUUUCCGGCACGAUUCACACUAAUAUUCACCCUCAACUUUUGGGCUGCUUUCCCUGUUUGCCCGUUUUUAAUGCCGUUGGAGGGAAAUUGAUGUAAGCUGUGUUUUUAAAAUAGCACAUCACAUUACAGUUUUGUGUUGGGUACUGUAUGUCCACCAACAAUGUUUAAAUCAUUUUUUUGAGGAGGUGGAUGGUCCAUUUGAAGUGUCUUGGAGAGGAUGUGGCUGAUUAAUGUGAAACAUGAAAACAGAACCUCAAAAACGGAUUUGAUGCUCGUCUUUGCAGACUCACAUUGUUUAAAUAUAUAUAUAUAUGUGUGUGUUAAAUUGUUUAACUUUUGAUCCUGCAAAUGAAGCAGUGUGGCUACGCACCACAUCUGGUCUGUUCUUAAGCUUGUUUGGACCUGAAGAUGAAAAUUUGUAUAAAUAAAGAUGCCAAUGCAACAAACUCAAA